CUUUGCCAAUUCUAGUACCAAUUGUAGCACAAGAAAUGGCUAUUGUUAUUUCGCUCAUAUGUCUCUAGGGCAACAGAGAGAGAGAAGAGAAGGGCAGCAACAGACGAGGAGGACGAGAGAGAGAGAGGGCUGCUCUUUUUCUUCUGUAAAAAUUAUAUAUAUAUAUAUAUAUAGAAUAGAGAAUUUUAGAGAGAGAAACUGAAGAAUGUCUGGAGGUAUUGCGCGUGGUCAUCUUGCCGAGGAGCGAAAAGCAUGGCGGAAGAAUCACCCUCAUGUUCGGCACACCACCCCUCACCCCUCUCUCUAUUUAUAUAUAACGAUUGGUUUUGUUACAAAGCCAGAGACUUUUCCCGAUGGUUCAGUGAAUCUGAUGGUGUGGCAGUGCAUAAUCCCUGGUGAUUUGAGCAAGGAAGUUGAGCAAAGGAGAAUUGAAAGUGUUCGACAGUUCCAGUCGUAGGCUUGAUCGUGCUGAGCAGAGACUAUCACUCACUCUUUCGACGAUGUAGGACUUCUCUCCAUGGUUUAGCUUUGGAUGUUCUUUCAGUUAUUUACAUUUCAGUUUGGAUUUUUAUUAGGGGUCCACUAGAGAUGGAUUCCCGAGUUGUUUAAACUGUUGGAGGUUUUGGAAGGAUUUGGAUUUUAUUAAUCUUAAAUAUUUAAGGAUUUAUAUUUAGAGAUCUUUCAGCUUUUAAUAUUUUUUCUUAAUUUAUUUUAUAGUCUGUGUUCGUUUUAAAUAUUAAUUGUUUGAUAUUCCCUCGGGUUUGGGCUUGGGACUGAUCAACCCAUGUCUCGGAUCUGAGGGGUAUCACACUUACUGGCGGCUGCGGAUGCAUAUAUGGACAUAGAUUUAGAGCGAGAGCCUCCAGCAAAGUCACCAUAUCACUCUCCGGUAGGGUCGCCAUUGCAUUCUCAGGAGCAGGGUUAGGAUAUACCUCCAGUUCAUGAUCUAGUUAUCCCUGACACUCUAACUCCGACACCUAGCCUAGAAAAGCGUAUACAGACCUUAAAGGACGCGGUUGUCUCUUUUCGGUCGAAUGUGGCCUCUCUCAGCACUGAUAUGACUACCCUCCACUCAGAUGUCAUAGCUGCGCUGCAGGAUUUAUCCAGAGAUAUCUGGAGAUCAUGCCCUGCUCGCCCUACUUCUUCUACCUGAUCUUUAUCUCUAUACUUCUCUUUCAUCAUUUUAUAUAUAUGUGAUACGUUACUAUUAUUUUGAUACUGCUAUUUUUGCGGCCAGUCUGUUGGCCCUGAUACUGUGAUGUACUGUACAUUAUUCAUCUCUUUCUAUGCAUGCUAUGCUUGGA